UUUACAAAAUAAACCGGCAGCAAAUUAGAACAUCAUAUUAAAUUAAAUAAUUUCUUGAUGUUAUCCGUGCCAAGCGGGCGGCCAAAUAACACAACUCUUACUAGUGUCGCAACAACAUAAAACUUGAAACUGAGGAGCUGUCGGAAAUGGCCGAUUCGGAUUCCAACGAGGUCUUAAUAGAGGAAAUAGACAGCAACGAUGUGCCGGAGAACGAGCUGGAACAAUUCCAGGAAACAGAGCCGCUACGCGUGGUAGACAUCAUUGAUUGCGAUGCAGAUGGCGAGCGACACAGCUUCGGAGCAGACGAGGAGGAAGGAGCUUUGAUCAAGCGCUACGUGCAGGGUGUUCAGUGCCUGGAGUUCCCAGACUUUUGUACCAAGCUAGAGGCCAGCGACGAGGAUGAUGAAGAGCAAAUAGAACCAGCGGGAAACAGCAGCGUCGAGCAGCCGAGCACUUCGGCACAAGCAAAAACUGCACAGGAACAGUCGACGGGAAGUGGUCGUUCCGGUGGUGGGGGCUUUCGUAAAAGCCAACUGAGCACUGCCCUGCAAGGACUGAUGGGCGAAGCGAACCUGAGCUUUGUAUAUGGACGCUUCGAAACAGCUGAACGCAUCUGUAUGGAAAUCAUUCGUCAGAAUCCUCUAGCCAGUGAACCCUUUUACACGCUAGCCGAGAUUUAUGAGAACCGCGACGAGGUCAAGUUUCUAAACUUUUCCACGCUUGCUGCACACUUAAAUCCUCAGGAUCGUGAUAUGUGGAUACGGGUUUCCGAUCUGCUUGUCCAGCAGGGAAAUCUGGCCCGUGCUCGUCUCAUCUACACGAAGGCCAUUAAAAUGCUGCCCAAAGUUUACCAACUGCGACUGAGGAAGGCUCAAUUGCUGCAGAAAAUGGGGGAAACCAAUGCAUCUAUGUUUACGUACCUAAAAAUGCUGCCCCUGAUGCCGCCCGACGAAUGGAAAAUGUGCCUGAACACGGCAAAAAAUGUUGCUCGAUACUUUCAUGUACUGGAGAAGCACACGCUGGCCCUGGAAGCAAUGGAGGGGGCAUAUAGCGUUUGCGGCGCGCGUUUCAGUCUGGAGGACAUUAACAUAUAUCUGGAGCUAUUGAUCUUAAACAAGCAGUAUGCCAAGGUUUUAAGAUGCCUGCGGGAGCGCACAAAUUUCGAGUUAGAGAACGACCAGGAGGAGAGUCUGGAGCUGAUAUACUUUUGUGAAAUCCCAGAUGACUAUGUUCCCGAAUUGCGGGCAAAGCUGUGUGUAAGCCUCAUCCACAUGCGGGCACACCAUCUGCUAGGCUAUCUAAUCCAAAAUAUCCAGGAACACAUCACUCUGACGACGGAUCGAGUGGAGCUAUACAUGGACGUCACGGAGGCUCUGAUGCAGGAGCACAAGUAUGCGGAGGCCAUAGCGCUGAUGAGUCCUAUUACUGAUGGUGACACUGUUGAGUGUCCUGCGUUUGUAUGGCUGCGACAAGCCGAGUGCCUUCGUCAAUUAAACCGUACAAAUGAGGCAAUUCAAAGCUACGAGAAAGUUGUACAACUAGCUCCCUUCUGCUACGAUGCACGGUUUACCCUCUCCGCACUGCUGAAACAGCAGGGACGGCACGAGGAGGCCGUUCAGGCUUUGGAGCAACCGGGCGAAGCCGAGGGCCAACCACUAAUUGCUCGCCUGUUGUAUGAGAGGUGUGUGAUGCUACAGCAAAUAGGGCGAAUCGAGGAGUUUUUAGACGUAGGCUACGCACUGUUAAGCCGACAUUCUAUAAAGCUGUACAACCGUGAAGAGAUGAUGGCUGCCUCAAAUGGAGGCAGUGCCUACAAUUCGGAAAGCCUCAAGACCAUCAUUCAAAUGCGGAGCAAGGCGGUUGAUAGCUCAGCGGAGCAAGAUUUGCAGGAUCCUGCCAAAAAUGCCGCCACUGAGGCCUCCGAUCUGACUGUCAAGGAUGAAUUCAACCUAUUCCAGGAACUUGUGCGUACGGCUUUUAAGCAUGGCAUGCACAGCGCCGCCGAAAAGAUUUGCUUUGCCAUGGUGACCACAAAGAGAUUUACAUACUACCACCACGAAAUCGAGAGGAUUAUGGUGCUGAUCUGCUACUACAACGACGACUGUGCUAUAGCCUUCUCGUAUUUACGUGAACUGAUAGCCAAGCAGCCUAGCCAGACGGCUCUGUGGAACAUGCUAUCGCUGAUGAUUCAAAAGGGUGACGAGGUUCGCUAUUAUCGCUAUAUGAGGCGUCUGAUGCAACGCCAUCCGGUGGAUACAAAACCUAUGCGCAUCUUCCAGGGCCACUAUCAUCUCAACUGCGCCUCCUUUAAGUAUGCCUUAAACAUCUACAUGCCAAUUCUGCGUGAGAAUCCGGAUCCCCUGGUGGCCCUCUGCAUAGCAGUGGCUUUUAAUCAGCUUUCUCUGCAGAAGAAAGUUCUUCGCAAGUCGGCUUCUGUGGCCCAGGCCGUGGCCUUUGCCCAGCGGUACAAGGAGCUGCGAUCGGCUGGCCAUGAAUUCUCAGAUUGUGCCGCCCAACAGGAGAUCUUCUACAACAUUGGACGUAUCUACCACCAAGCUAACAUCCUCCACCUGGCAGUGGAGUACUAUGAAAAGGCGCUGGCCGUUCCUGUUCAUCCGCUGAUUGCAGAACACGAAUCCACUUUGGGUUUGCAACACGAGGUCGCUUUUAAUCUGCACCUUAUAUACCGUGCCAAUGGGAACAAGUGGAAAGCCCGCCAGUAUUUGAUCCGUUACUGUGUGGUUUAACCACUGGCCUCUACGAGUUUUUAGCUAUUCCGGCUAUUAGUUUAAAGUUCUGUCAUAAACGCGAACCAUGCUAAUGUAUAUAUUAUUCUUUCAAUAUUACUGAACAGAUUUUUUACAACUACUUUUAAAAAGUAUCCAGACAACAAAGUAAAACGACAAACGAAUUGUAAUUAAACCUUGAAAAUACUUGUUAAGCAGAAAGUUCUUGAUAGUAUUUAAGGUCACUUGACGACAUUAUAUACAUUUUUUUUUCUGUAUAUAGGAGAAUCUUUCUCGGUUUAUAACGAUUAAUAUCCCGAUUAUAUUAUCAUAGAUUAAAAAAUCGUGUAAAAUUA